GUUUCAUCAUCUUCCUCAUCCUUCCCUGCGCGUCGGACCGGAAUCAGGGGAGUUACGCCGGAGCUUCGCCCGAGUUUAUCACCGGAGUUCUAAGCCGGAUUUCUCCCACAUUGAUUUGUGUUCAUCGCCUAACAAUCGAGGUAGGGACAAGGAUUGAAUGAAGAGCAGCCUGGAGGACAGUGAAGCGUGAUGCUGGUGGAUGGCCCGAUGCUAUUUUAUUUAAGUUAAAUAUAGUUUGUUGGAUUUGUUUACUUAAAUUAUUAGAAUGUUGAAUGUUGUUUUGAAGGCUUCCGCAACGUUUCAGUUAUUUACUCCGAUUAAAUGAUGAAUUGUUUUUAAAUGAAUAUGAAUGUUUGAUUUUAUUUCUAAGUGUUUUUAAAAUAGUACGCUUGUGCAUACCAAAUUAGUGACAACCCGACUCGCUAACUCGUCGGUUCGGGUUACGCGGGUUGGGGUGUUACAAAUUGUCCCGUGACGGAUGCUCUGUGGGGCCAGUAACAUUCGAAUAUUGACAAACACUUCAUUUCGCUACAUGGAGUGCCUCAAGAACCAUGCGGCCAGCACCGGCGGCCAUGCUGUGGACGGCUGCAGAGAAUUCAUGGCCGCCGGAGAAGGAUCCUUGAAAUGCGCCGCUUGCAGCUGCCACCGCAACUUCCACCGCAAAGAAACAUGCGCCAUUCAUCAUAAUCAUCAUCAGCCCCGGCCUCCUCCUCUCCCCACAAUGCAGCACCACCAUUAUAAUAGUAACAAUCAUCACUGCGGCAGGAGUACUCCGGCGGAGCCAUUGACCGGAGCUCCGGUGGAGUCGUCCAGCGCAGAAGAUGGUAAGUCACUGGUGUCAUCGGAACAGAGUGGCGGGUCAAAGGAGAAGAAGAAGAAGAGAAGAAGAAGGUUGAGAACAAAGUUUACAAAAGAGCAGAGAGAUGGAAUGCAUGAAUUUGCAGAGAGGAUUGGGUGGAAGAUGAGGAAGGAAGAUGAAGAGGAAGUGCAGAAAUUCUGCAGAGGAGUUGGAUUGAAGAGGGAUGUUUUCAAGGUUUGGAUUCACAACACCAAACAAGCAAAGAAGAGGAAGAGACAAUUGUAACUUGUAAGUAAAACACAGAUUAAAAAAACCAUCCAUUCAAAUAUGAGGACUCAAGUCAAAAGAUUUAAUGGUUACCCAUUUUAAGUGUUCU